AUGUCGUCUUUCGGUGACGACGAUAGAUGGAAUGAUAUUAGAGAGCAGAAAAACAGCAGGCUCAAAGCUAUUACGGAUAGCUUGGAUGUACCCACGUUCAAACUACCUCAGUUUCCAAGUAUCAUUCCAGCUCCGCUCAAGAGAAAUUCAACACUGGGGUUCAAUCAGUCAGACUCGUCUUUAUCAGGUACCCCACGUACCUCUACAUUCUUCGAUAUUGGCCCAUCAAACAACAGCGAUACAAAUCUGUCGGAUCUGGAUCGUGCUUUGGAGUUAUUAACCGGCGACAUUGUCAUCAUGGGCGGAUACCGUGGGUCUAUCUUAAGGUCUACCAAAACUAACCGCCAGGUCUGGGUACCCGUAAAGGUUGGGCUUAACAUUCGAAAAGUUAAUUUGGAAGUUGGUCUGGAUCCCGAGGACGAGGAAAGAAUGGAAGACACGAUAUACGCCUCCGGUAUGCUUAAAAACAUAGGACCGGUUGAUAUCUCGAAGCGUUUAUUCAAGAGAUUGAGAGAAUGCGAAAAUGCUAGGUCGGGAAAACUGAGGGUGUGGGAUUAUGGCUGGGAUUGGCGUUUAAGUCCCCAUCUACUCUCGCGCAAAUUGAUCGCCUUUCUCGAACAGCUGCCCUCAAAUCAGGGCUCUGGCCUCUCCGAAGGCAAAGGGGCACUGGUCAUUGCACACAGCCUUGGAGGGCUUAUUACUCGCCACGCCGUAAAUCAACGACCUGAUCUAUUCUCAGGAGUAAUUUACGCAGGGACCCCGCAACGAUGUAUAAACAUAUUAGGACCGAUCCGCAAUGGCGACGCUGUGCUCUUUAACGAGAAGGUCUUGACGGCGCAAGUUAACUUUUCGUUAAGGACGAGUUUUGUUUUCCUACCGGAAGACGGCUUCUGCUUCAUAAAUAAGUAUACCGGCGAACAGUAUCCUGUUGAUUUCUACGACCCCCAGCAAUGGAUAAAAUACAGCCUGAGUCCGUGUAUAGAGCCGUCUUUACCCUCCUAUAAGUCUCGUUCCGGCGCGCUCAGCUCCCUGAGAGAGCUCUCUGAGAGAUUACCGACCCCAUUAAGGAGCCGGGGAAAUAGUGCGGCUAGCGAAUCCCGGUCGCCAACGCGCAAUCUAGUGGCCGAUGCGGUACGGAAAGUCGAGGUAUCUAACGACAGGACCCUAGCACCACAAAUGGGAACGCUGCAUGGAGAUUCGAGCACAGCUUAUCAACAACAGCAGAAAAACAUUGACCACGACGCCGGAACACGCAGCCGCAACCUCGCGUACCUAACCCGGACGCUUGCCGAGAUCAAGCGAUUCCGGGUUGAGACCCAGCACCGGCCGGAGCACACGCAAGCCAACGCGUACCCACCGUUGGCAGUUAUCUACGGCAAGGAAGUACCAACUGUGUGGGCGGCGAGCGUUACGUCACGUGAAGCAAUUGCGUGCGCGGAUGCGUACGACGACUUAGUUUUCCGCAGCGGUGACGGCGUCGUGCUUGCCCGCGAGGCCAUGCUCCCUGAGGGGUAUGAGCUCGUACGUGGCGGCCAAGUUAGUACUGACAGAGGGCAUAUUACCAUGUUGGGCGAUAUGGAUGCCGUCGGAAAGGCUUUGCUAGCAGUGAUAAGGGGCCGCCGGAAGGGCAUCGGGCUCGAGGGGCCUAGAACUUAA